CGUCACACGUUUAAUUCACUUCUGGUGUGAGUUUUGUCAGUCCUGGAAGCGCGCUAGUUGUCAGGGGAAUGUUGGACGCGUGUAUUUACUGUUUGUUUUCACCUCUGGCUUUUCUUUAAUCCGAACAGUGUGGAAACAUGGUGUUCUACUUCACCAGCGCCGCAGUCACGCCGCCCUACACCAUCUACAUGGGGAAAGACAAAUAUGAAAACGAGGACCUCAUAAAAUACGGAUGGCCUGAGGACAUUUGGUUUCACGUGGAUAAACUGUCCUCUGCACACGUAUACCUGAGAUUGCCCAAGGGAAAGACGAUAGACGACAUACCCAAAGAGGUCCUGAUCGACUGUGCGCAACUCGUAAAGAACAACAGCAUUCAAGGCUGUAAAAUGAACAACGUCAACAUCGUUUACACGCCGUGGGGCAACCUGAAGAAAACCGGAGACAUGGACGUGGGCCAGAUUGGCUUCCAUCGCCAGAAAGAGGUAAGAACCGUGUCUGUAGAAAAGAAAAUCAACGAAAUCGUCAAUCGGUUGGAGAAGACGAAGGAGGAGAAAUACCCCGAUCUGGCAGCUGAGAAAGAGUCCCGAGAAAGAGAGGACCGGAACGAGAAGAAGGCUCAGAUUCAGGAGAUUAAGAAAAAAGAAAAGGAAGAAGUGAAGAGAAAAAAGGAGCAGGAGGAGUUGAGGAAUUAUUCAUCACUUAUGAAGAGCGAGAAAAUGACCACAAACGAGGAUGGUAACGAUUCUGACGAUUUUAUGUAACUGGAGGAAAAAGGAAAACAAUCUGCGAAGCAGGCCAGACAUCUGUAAACCAUGCGCAUGCGCAGAGGAACAAUGUGCCACAGUGUGCACUGUAAUGGAAGAACUUGCUUGUUGUGCAUCUUAAACAUAAACAUGUGCCAAAUAAAAUCAUGGAGCAAAUUCACCAAUGGCUUCUUUAAAAAAAUAUAUAACAGACAAGGAAAAAGCAACAACUGAUAUGACAGGGCUGUUGAUGAAGCAUUUCUGUUGAUUUUCUCCUGUACAAAAUUUGAUAUUGUGCUUUGGAGGAUUGGAAUCGCAUGGUGUAAUUAUUCCCUGAUAAUGCAGCAGUGACAUGUUUUCUUUCCAGAUUUUUACAGAUCAGGGUUUGGAUGCUGUUUUUUUCACUGAUUGUGUAGAUUCAUUGUUGUACAUCUCGGCGCAAUUUUUCUUUAUUUUUCUUUUUUCAGUGAUGAGAGCCAGAUGCUAAUGCAAGCAUAAUGAUUGUGUGAUGCAUGGCAGUGUAUUCUAGCCCUGGCUCAUUUCCUGUUUAAUGUCUAAUGGAUGCAAAACAAUUCAUUAACAAUACCAAUAAACCUUUUACAGGCUCA